GCUGGGGCCCAGACCAGGUCUGGCCAGGUGGACAGCACAGCAUGAGGCUGCUGAUCGUCCUGAGCCUGCUGUGUGGCUCAGGGGCCGUCCCAAUGGGGCCGCAGUGGCCGGAGCCCGUGUUCGGGCGCCUGGCGUCCCCCGGCUUCCCUGGGGAGUACGCCAAUGACCAGGUGCGGCGCUGGAGUCUCACGGCCCCCCCGGGCUACCGCCUGCGCCUCUACUUCACCCACUUCGACCUGGAGCUCUCCUACCUCUGCGAGUACGACUUCGUGAAGCUGAGCUCGGGGAGCACGGUGCUGGCCACGCUGUGCGGGCGCGAGAGCACGGACACGGAGCGAGCCCCUGGCAACGACACCUUCUACUCCCCGGGCCCCCGCCUGGACGUCACCUUCCGCUCCGACUACUCCAACGAGAAGCCCUUCACCGGCUUCGAGGCCUUCUACGCAGCCGAGGACAUCGACGAGUGCCAGGUGUCACCGGGAGAGGCCCCUGCCUGCGACCACCACUGCCACAACCACCUGGGAGGCUUCUACUGCUCCUGCCGCUCGGGCUACGUCCUCCACCGGGACAGGCGCACCUGCUCAGCUCUGUGCUCGGGCCAGGUCUUCACUGAGCGCUCUGGGGAGUUCAGCAGUCCCGAGUACCCACAGCCGUACCCCAAACUCUCCAACUGCACGUACAGCAUCCGCCUGCAGGAGGGCUUCCGAGUCAUCCUGGACUUUGUGGGGCCCUUCGACGUGGAGGCACACCCCGACACCCAGUGCCCCUACGACUCCCUCCAGAUUCGGACAGACAGAGAGGAGUAUGGGAAAUUCUGCGGGGACACAAAGCCCCAGCGAAUUCAGACGAACAGCAGCACCGUGACCGUCACCUUCACCACGGAUGAGUCAGGGGAGCACACGGGCUGGAAGAUCCGCUACUCGAGCACAGCACAGCCUUGUCCGGACCCGGUGGCGCCACCUAACGGUCGCGUGUCCCCGGUGCAAGCCACGUACAUCUUCCAGGACCGCGUCUCCGUGCAAUGUGAGGUCGGCUACGAACUCCUGCAGGGAGACCUGCCCCUGAAAUCGUUCACAGCCAUCUGUCAGAGAGAUGGAUCCUGGGACGCCGCCCUGCCGGAGUGCAGCAUUGUGGACUGUGGCCCUCCAGACCACCUGGCCAAUGGCCAGGUGCGCUACGUUACAGGCACUGACGUGACCACGUACAAGGCUGCGAUUCAGUACAGCUGCGAGGGAACCUUCUACACCAUGAGUGCCGGGGACGGUAAAUACGUGUGUGAGGCUGACGGAUUCUGGACGAGCUCCGAAGGACAGAAGUCACUCCCGGUCUGCGAGCCUGUCUGUGGCCUCUCUGCCCGCACCACAGGAGGCCGCAUCUACGGAGGGCAGCACGCAAAGCUUGGCGAUUUUCCUUGGCAAGUCUUGCUGCUGGGCGAGACCACAGCAGCGGGUGCCCUUCUAUCUGACAGCUGGGUCCUAACAGCCGCGCACGCCGUCUACGGGCAGCGCGGAGAGCCGUCCUCCCUGGACAUUCGCAUGGGCGCCCUGCGAAGACUCUCACCCGACUACACGCGAGCCCGGGCCGAGGCCAUCUUCAUCCACGAAGGCUAUGCUCACGAUGCGGGCUUCGACAACGACAUCGCGCUGAUUAAACUGAGGGACAGGGUCCGAGUCAGCAGCACCGUCAUGCCCAUCUGCCUGCCCGGGAGAGGCACGGGCUCCCACCUGAGGCCCGGGGACCUGGGGACCGUGUCUGGAUGGGGGUUAACCCAGAGGGGGUUCCUUGCUAGGAACCUGAUGUUUGUUGACAUUCCAGUCGUGGACCAGCAAAAAUGUGUUGCUGCGUAUGAAGGAACCCCCCACCCAGGGGGGAGGGUAACUGACAACAUGUUUUGUGCUGGCUUAGAAAGUGGGGGCAAGGACAGCUGUAGGGGCGACAGUGGAGGGGCCUUAGUGUUUCUGGAUAACGACACACAGAGGUGGUUUGUGGGGGGAAUUGUGUCCUGGGGCUCCCCGGACUGUGGGGGAGCAGCUCAGUAUGGGGUGUACACCAAAGUCACGAACUACAUCCCCUGGAUCGAGAACACAAUCAGUAACUCUUCAGCUAGUGACUGCCACACUUGA